UUUAACAAUCGAAACUGUAUUAUUUUUAGAGGAAUAGUAGGAACUUUUAUUAUCGUCUCGGUUACAGUUAGCGAAGGGCCGGAACAAUAUUCACAGCGGAAUGUAGCGGUAAAACGAGAGUCUUUACAACACGUUUACGGUUAUUAUUCACUUUUAAUUAUUUUGCAAUAAUAGCUAUAUUAGUUUCAUUGUAGAAAUAUAUUGUUUUAAAACUAACUGGAUUUAUUUCAAAGUAAAAUGAAGGUAAGAAAAGCGUUAGAGUUGGCGCGGUUGUUGUUAUUAUUGUUUCUUGUAUUGGAUCGGGGAAUAAAAACAAGUUUGGCGGGAAAUUCAGCGAAGAGAGCCGGCCUUGUUGGAACAAAUCGCAUCGAUGGUUCAAGUUUUAACAAUAAUCAAGAUUCGUCAUCAAAUAAACUGCAUCCCCACACCUCAAUCGAUAAUUUUAGCAACUCCACUAGCGCCACCCAACGGUUAAAGAGUUCACUGUUCGCAAGAUACGAUAAGACAGUGAUGCCAGUUGUAAACCACAGUCAGAACGUUUUAAUUAGAGUUGGGUUCACUUAUCGACAGGUGGGUAACACUGGGUAUGAUUCUAUACGAGUAAGGUUCUAGAGCAAAGUACGCCAUGGGACCUGGGAUUUAGGCCAGAGUUGACCCAUUACCCCAACAUUGUAUAUGCACAUUCUAUU